UGUAUGUACUAGGAAUUUUUUGAAACAAGUUACUGUGAGUACAAUGGCGUCUGUCAUAUGAGUUUGAAGCCGCGUUUGAAGCCGCGGAUCGAUCAAGAGGCAGUGCGCGUGGUGCGUGGGGCGUGUCCGUUCGGCUGAUAAAUCAACCGGAUUAAACAUGACGCUAUGUAUUAAAAUCGGACUGUCAAAAAUCUGAAAAGAUGAGAUAAGCUACAGUUCAUAGGGAGAACAAAAAGAAUCAAAUUUGGAAGCAUUAAAGGAGGUGAAAAUGGCACAUUCCAAUUGAAUUUUACCUUUGUAACGUCGCAUUUGACAUUCUAAUUGGCAGUAAAAUCUUCAAAGUUAUUGAUUUGUCAUUAGAGAUGAACUUCAUUACAGACCGCAUUUUGGAGUCGAAAAAUAUCCAAAUGAUAUCAUCCAACGAGAUUUAAAAUACCAGUUCCAUCAAAAUUCCAACAUCGGGGCGACCUAAUCAGAUGCGCUCAAAUUCAUCUUCUAUCUAAUUCUCUGUAAUACAAUUGAUCAGAAUUAUCCAAGAUGAGUGGAAAGUACAUAGAGAUUUACACCGGGUGCUUCAUGGCUUGGAUUUACCUGCAAGCAUCUUGGACUAUUCUGACUAGCAUCUUUUACCAAUUCUCUGUACCAUGGGCAAUAUGGGCUGCGCUGGUACUUACUAUCGGUCUACAGGUGGCUAGAAUUCCACCUCCGAGUUCAGAGGUGGUCAGAGAAGUAUUAGGCCUCAAUCCUUUGACAGCAGCUAAGGAUGAACAAGGAGGUGAUACUCAUGGUGCUUCAGCUCAUCUAUAUUGCAUGAAAGUAGUUGGACAUCGUGGGGCAGCUCUUGAUUAUCCAGAAAACAGCCUCAACGCUUUUCGAAAUUGCAAAAACAGAGGCUGCAGUGCAGUUGAAUUUGAUUUAGCAUUAACUAAAGAUGGUAUCCCAAUAAUAUUUCAUGACCUGACUAUAGAGAGACUGACAGGAAAGUCAGGAACUAUUAGAGAAAUGACUUGGAAUCAGUUGAAGGAACUAGACAUCAGUCAAUAUCAUCCUCUGAGAGAAAAGUUCAUUGGAGGGGACAAAAUUGCUUUACUAGAAGACGUGCUGACCGAAUGCAUCCGCAAUGAUCAGCGAAUGUUCAUCGAUAUUAAAGAAAAAAGCCUUGAAAUAGUACAAGUUGUUCUGGAUGCAUAUAGCAAGCAUCCAAGUCUUUUCAAAAGAGCUGUAGUCACCAGUUUUAAUCCAAUCAUUAUUUACAUGAUUAGAAGGAAAAAUCCAAAAAUCGUGUGCAGCAUAGCCUGGAGGCCUCAACUCAUAUCGCGAAAAUCAUAUCAAGGUUUGGAAGGUCCAGGUCUACCGCGCUUCUCCAAUCCCUGCAAACAAGUAUUGGCUGCUAUUCUAGACUGUCUACAUAGUUGGGCUUUGCCACGGUUCACGUAUCAUUUACUGGGCCUCUCUGCAAUAUUGUUGCAUAAAGACACUGUCACCCCGGAAGUGGUGAGGAAGUGGAACGUGCGUGGUGUUCGGGUGAUUGUUUGGACCGUUAACCUACCCUCGGAAAAGCUUCAUUAUUCUAGGCUUCUCAGGGUGACGUAUUUGACGGAUACUUUGAUAGGAGAAAAAAGCGCGGAAUGAAGCCUUUACCAAAUUACUGUACGAUUAAUACUAAAUGAUAAAUUUAUAUGAUAGGGAAGGUCUGAUUAUGGAUCUGGCAGCUACCCAAGCUAGCAACAAUUUUAAGUAUUUUCAAGUAUAUAAUAAUAAUAUUUGUUAUUUCAUAACCACUUGCAUUUCAUCAAUCAGUAUUAUACAACUCGACAUUAUUUUCAUAGCAUAUACAUACAUAUAUCUGCAUAUGUAUAUAUACAUAUAUUUAGAUCUAUAUAUACUGCAUUAGUUCAUAUUAUUUAUAUUUAAAGCUUUCUCUUUAUACACAUGCAUAAAUGCAGCAAAAACAAAAUAAUAUCCGAGAGUGCUGGCACUGGAAUAUCUGAUUGAACAAGAGAUUCUAAAUCAAGAAUUACUAUUUCAAGUACAAUUUUAAUUUUGAAAUUCCUAAGUAUUUUAGAAUUGAAACGUGUAUAAUAUAAACUCUUCAACCCUGUUUAUACAGCUAAACUUUUUUUAUAAAUCUAUUUAUAUUUUAUAUUGACUUUUGUCGUCAAGUUAUUUAAUCACUCAGAGAGCUUGAAUGAUAAUGUAUACGUGCUGUGUUGAUAUCAAAGGUAACAUAGUACGGAAUAUAAGCUAUCCAGUAGAAAAAUA